ACCUGCUUGUGAUUGUGAGUGCGCGUGCGCAUGUGUGUGUGUGUGUGUUUGUGAGAGAUGAUUAAAUCCAAAGAUUCUGAAGCAAACAGCAUCUUCAACAUACUGCUCAGAGUGUGGGUUGUAAUCAGCUAAGAGAUGCUUUCAGAAGAUCCGUCUGUAAAUCCGCUCCUAGUGUUUGAAGCAGCCGGUGGAGGGCAGAGGCGGGCAGGUGGAUGCGGCUUAAACCGAGAAACGAGCCUUACGCGCUUCAAACCCGGCAAGCUCGUGGCGCACACGCAGACAACUGGUGCCGAAACACAACCACCAACGAAUCUGAACACAUCUAGAGAAAACCAACCCCGAACACAUCAUCAUCAACCAGUGCCUGAUCCGAUGAGCAACUUCUGCAGUCGAGAGGAGGCGAGCGCGCAAUGCUCGUGUGCGUUUUUGGAGAGAGCGCAUAGAUGAGAGCUAGAGGGCGGCGACGCAUCGCUCCUCACCUCCGUUACCGCUCGACUCCUCCGGCUCCGCGACCUCGCUCUGCUUUCCCCCAAAGGAAACACACACACAGGACUCGGUUCGGUGGCGAAGCAACGGGACGCGUAACGACGCCUGUCCUCCGUUCACCGCCACAGCAGCUCCUCCGUCUCCGCUGAGCGAAUAUUCCGCGCCGAGGAGUUUCCAAACUCCAAAGCAAGUCAUGGGUGAAAACGGACUCGCUCGGAGAUUUGGAUUCGGAUUAGUGCUUCACGUGCUCUUUCUGUGGGUUCGGCUGCAGAUGGUUUACGCGCAAGCGGAUGAUGACUUCCUGUUGGGAUUAGGCGAGCUUCCGGAGACCUUCCCCAGCGACCCUCCAGAGCCCCUCCCACACUUCCUGUUGGAGCCGGAAGACUCUUACAUCAUCAAAAACAAGGGUGUCAAUCUAUACUGCACGGCCACGCCCGCUACCCAAAUCUACUUUAAGUGUAACGGCGAGUGGGUCCAUCAGAGAGAACACACGAUUGAAGAGAGGGUGGACGAGACGUCGGGUUUGGUGGUUCGGGAGGCGAGGAUAGAGAUCUCUCGACAGCAGGUGGAGGAGUUGUUUGGUUUGGAGGAUUUCUGGUGCCAGUGUGUCGCCUGGAGCUCAGCAGGAACCACAAAGAGCCGCAAGGUGCACGUCCGCAUUGCAUUUUUGAGGAAGACGUUUGAACAGGAGCCGUUGGGUAAAGAAGUGUCACUGGAACAGGAAGUGUUACUGCAGUGCCGCCCACCUGAAGGUGUCCCACCCGCUGAGGUGGAAUGGCUGAAGAAUGAGGAGAUGAUUGAUCCAGCAGAUGAUCGGAACUUCUACAUCACUAUCGAUCACAAUCUGAUCAUCAAACAGGCGAGGCUUUCUGACACGGCCAACUACACAUGUGUCGCUAAAAACAUAGUUGCGAAGAGACGCAGCACCACAGCUACCGUCAUCGUCUAUGUAAACGGCGGCUGGUCGACGUGGACGGAGUGGUCGGCGUGUAACAGCCGCUGUGGGCGGGGCCUGCAGAAAAGGACUCGUAGCUGCACCAAUCCUGCGCCUCUGAACGGAGGGUCGCCGUGUGACGGACAGGCCAUCCAAAAAAUCGCCUGCACCUCAGUCUGCACAGUGGACGGCGAGUGGGCAGACUGGAGUAAAUGGUCUGCGUGUGGCACAGAAUGCACUCAGUGGAGGAACAGAAAGUGUAACGCUCCCGUCCCUCAGAAUGGAGGAAAAGACUGUGAUGGAGUCACACUACACUCACAAAACUGCACUGAUGGACUCUGUCUACUGAGUUCAGUACAUCAGCUAUCUCUUCAGCCUGUGGGGACGAGAGAGGAAGGGUUUACAUCCGCUCCGGGAGGAGACGAGGUGGCUCUGUAUGUGGGUGUCGUGAUGGCGGUGGUCAUGUGUCUGGUCGUCUCUGUCAUCAUUGCCCUGCUCGUGUACCGUAAGACACACAGGCGCUUUCAUUCGGACAUCAUGGAUUCAUCAGUGCUGAACGGUGGAUUUCAGCCUGUCAGCAUCAAACAAGCACGAUCAGCAGACCUGUUGGCUGCAACUCCUGACCUGUCCACAGCGGCGGCACUCUAUCGCGGCCCAGUGUACGCUCUCCACGAUAUUUCUGACAAAAUCCCCAUGACCAGCUCACCACUGCUGGAGCCGCUGCCUCUUCCCAACCUCAAGAUUAAAGUCUAUAACUCCUCCGGUGCGGUGACCCCACAGGAGGACGUGACCUCUGACCUCUCUGCCACUCUGUCCCCAAAGGUCACCCACUCUCUUCUGGACAGCGAGCCGGUGACCCCACGGAACCAGACGCUGGCACGUUUGCGAGACCCCACCUGCACUGCGGUGGGGUCGUUUAAUUCACUGGGAGGUCGCUUGAUCGUCCCAAACUCAGGUGAGAGAGCACUGCCCAUCUAUAUCUGUGGAAACAUUUAAAGCACGGCAUAUUUUUGUUAGAGCCGUUAAAUAUAUAGGUUAAAGGCGCAGUUCUUGAUUAACAGCAGCCACUAGCAUUGUAUUAUAGAUUUGCCACGAAUCGCUC